CGUGAAAGGGCCGUUAUCGCCGAAGUAUUCUUGUUGGGUUGCCUGCUCAGACUUCAGUAAAGCAGUAACUCUAUAUCUCCGGCUCGUUAAUGGAGCUCUCUCCUCCUCCACACUUGCCCUUUCCGAUUAAGAGGGUUCGAAGCCUACAACAUCACAUUAUAAGCUUGUGGGCGCUGAAUCUAAAUACACGAAGCUGGAAGCGGAGACAGAGAUGGAUAAACGUUUCAGCAAGGGCGACAGGGGCGCUAGAGCAGGCGGGGGGGAAGAUGGUGAUGGAGCUGGUGGGCGCGUUCAACGAGCUGACGGAGAGGAUGAAUGUGCUGUCGACAAGUUCUUCGCGAAUACUUUUCAAGGCCUUGAAGCUGUCCAUCCCCAUACUUCAGAACUUACCUAUGGCUCCUGAUGGCCGCUCUCCUUUCUCCAAGGCCUUGUCUGUGGCUCUGGUACUGGCGGAUCUUCAGAUGGACGCAGAAGUUAUUUCCGCUAGUAUACUAAUGCAGGUCUUUGAGGCUGGUGCAAUAUGCAUGCACGAAGUCAGAGAUCACAUAGGGAUUGGUACUGCUCAUCUACUGCAUGAAAGUUUGCGUGUGAAGAACAUUCCUUCAAGAAUUGAAGUUUUGGAUGAUGAUGGUGCUGCUGCUAUAAGAAAAUUCUGCCUUACCUACUAUGAUAUCCGGGCCUUGAUUUUGGACUUGGCUCUCAAGCUUGAUAUGAUGAGACAUUUAGAUUACUUGCCUAGGUAUCAACAACAGAUUUUGUCUCUUCAGAUUAUGAAGAUACAUGCCCCUUUGGCUCAUGCUGUGGGAACUAACUACCUGUCAAUGGAACUAGAGGAUCUCUCUUUCCGUUACCUCUUCCCAUAUUCCUACCUGUAUUUGGAUACAUGGUUACGCAGCCAUGAGACUGGAAGUAAGCCUCUAAUAGAUAUAUACACGGAAAAGCUGCAUCAAUCCCUUAGAGCUGAUCCUAUCUUAGCCGACAUGGUGGAGGAUAUCUCAGUUAAAGGCCGCUAUAAAAGCCGCUUUAGCACAAUGAAGAAGAUCUUGAAAGAUGGUCGGAAACCAGAGGAAGUAAAUGAUGUCCUAGGUUUGCGAGUCAUAUUAAAGCCCAAGUUUGGUGAAGAUACGUCAGAAGUAGGUGAAAAAGCAUGCUAUCGGACUUGUGAAAUUAUCCAAACUUUGUGGAAAGAAAUGCCACACAGAAGGAAAGACUACAUUGCCAGUCCCAAAGCUAAUGGAUAUAGGAGUUUACAUAUGGCAGUUGAUAUAAGUGACAAUGGCAAGACUAGACCACUAAUGGAAAUCCAAAUAAGGACUACAGAGAUGGACAUGCUUGCAGUUGAUGGAACAGCAUCCCAUUCACUGUACAAGGGUGGUCUUACUGAUCCAGAAGGGGCAAAGCGGCUCAAGGCUAUAAUGAUGGCAGCUGCUGAACUUGCAGCAUUGCGUCUUAGAGAUCUUCCAUCUGCUAAAGGUAUUGAGAUUGACCAGAGAGAUCGAGUAUUUCGUCUUUUGGACAAGAAUGGUGACGGCCAAAUUAGCAUUGAGGAACUCAUGGAGGUGAUGGAAGAGCUAGGUGCCCCUGGGGAAGAUGCAAGGGAGAUGAUGCAGCUUCUUGAUUCAAACAGCGAUGGUUCUCUGAGCUCUGAUGAAUUCAAUACAUUUCAGAAGCAGGUUGAAUUCAUGCGAGCUUUAGAGGACAGAGAUGAUAAUUACAAGACCUUGUUGAAUGAGAAACUUAAAAUGGCUGACGAAAGUGGCUUGAUUCAGGUUUAUGGCAAAGGGCUUGGCAACAGACUUGCAAGUUAGGAGCUAUUGACGGCACAAAACGUUCAUGUACAGAUACCCUUUUCUGCACAAAAAAAUUUCAAAUCUUCAGUUGUAUAUAACACUGCAAUUUUCAUGCAUCAUUACACUUCUAAUGUUUCUGAACUGGGUAGUCAAGUGUUAUUUUUUCCGUCAGAAUUUAAUAUGUACAUCCUGAUCAUGUUGUUUGAUGAUUGUACGUAGUGCAAAGUCAUAUCCCACUAUUAUGUUAGUUGUAUCCUGAAGAAACCCUAGCAGAUUAGCCUUGUACUGGGACAAAGCAUCAUAUUUCUACAGACAAUAGGUCAUGAAUUAGUAUGCAAGUAUUUGACUUGGUUUUGGCGCUAAAUAUAAAUAGGAAGUCACCAGCAAA